AUGCAAACGGCCCUGGACCCCACGCCUUGGCAGGGCCCCGCUGUUAAUCCAACCCCGCCGACUGAACAAUUUGUGAAUGCCAAGGCCUGCACAAUUUCGCAACAGUGCGGGACCUGCGCCGUCCAAAAACAGCAGCAAAAAUGGGCCGCCACUCUCGAAGAAACCCCCGUUAGCUACGAGGAGCUUUCGGACCUCGAGCAAGAGUUCGAUGACGUCGAGACCGAGAUCAUCCGCCAGCAGUACACCCUCUCCAAGCCGCUCUAUGUCCGCCGCGCUGAGCUGCUCGCCAAGAUCCCCAACUUCUGGGCGCUCGUCCUCGAGCAGGCGCCCAUGGACAUCGACGAGUACAUUCAGCCGUCUGACUCGGCCCUCCUCCUGACCUCGCUCAAGAACCUCUCGGUGAGCCGCUUCGAGCUUGACGCCGACGAGAAGAAGGGCGACCCGCGCAGCGUCGCCAUCCGCUUUGAGUUCGCCGAGAACGAGCACUUCGAGGACACCGUGCUGGAGAAGAAGUUCUGGUGGCGUCAGAGUAAGGACGGCUUCGUCGGCCUCGUCAGCGAGCCCGUCGAUAUCAAGUGGAAGAAGGGCAAGGACCUGACCGACGGCCUCCUCAGCCUGGUCAAGGCCGUUUAUGACGAGCAGUUGGCCAAGCCCAAGCAGGAGAAGAAGGCCGGCAAGCCUGAGAAGGUCGUCCUGACUGAGAAGCAGAAGGCGCUCAAGGAGAAGAUCGACAAGACCGGCAUGGGCGGUGUCAGCUUCUUCGCGUGGUUCGGCUACAUUGGCGAGUACGUCUCUGCCGACGAGAGCAAGGAGGCGAUUGAGGAGGAGAAGGAGGAGCGGCCUAGGAAGAGGAAGGCGGGUGAGGAGGUGCCCAAGAAGGACGAGGAUGAGGAGAUGGCCGACGAUGAUGAUGAUGAUGAGGAUGACGAGGAUGACUUGGACAUCUUCCCCAUGGGUGAUGCCGUUGCUAUGGCCAUUGCCGACGACCUGUGGCCCGGCGCUCUCAAGUACUUCAUCCAAGCCCAGGAGCAAGAUAAUCUGAGCGAGCUCGACUUCGAGACGGACGACGAGGAUGAGGACGAGGAUGACGAAGAGGACAAGGGCGCCGACAGGCCGCAGAAGAAGCACAAGGGCGCCUGCGCCCACGGCUGCAAGCACUGA